GUCGCCCACAGCGCACAAAUACGAAACCAUUAAUGCUUCCACCUUGCUUCUGUGCGUUAAGCUGUCGGAAAUGCAACUGAGUUUUCGCUAAUGCACUGUGCUCCAAUCAUCCUGGAUUGAAUCAUGUGGAUUGAAGACGUGUGUAGUAGUUGGCUGCCAAAAUAGUGACUGGCAUAUUAUAGGAAUGGAAUUAAUCUGUGGAGCCUAGUUCGUGGACCGUUGCUGCGACUGUGUGUACGUGUUACCGGCACUUUCUUCGAGGAUACAGAAAUUUGCUCAUCCGCCAGCGUUGUAUCGCUAACCUUCAAAGAAAGUGCUUCAGCCGCCCCGGAACGUUGGCAACAUGACGUUGACGCGCACGCUGACGGCCACCUCGGCGAAGUCGGUGGCCCGCUGUUCCUGACGCCGCUUAUCAACGCGGGCUCGCUGGACAAGGCGCGACACCUGAGCCGCGUAGGCCCCCUGCUGGGCGACGCCGAGGCCACCGAGCUCUUCCCCAGUUACGCGGGCUUUCUCACCGUCAACAAAGAGCUGUCGAGCAACAUCUUUUUCUGGUUCUUUCCUGCCAAGGAGAAACCUAACAUGGCCCCCGUGAUUCUGUGGCUUCAGGGAGGUCCGGGCGGUUCCUCUAUGUUCGGGCUGUUCCUGGAGCACGGGCCGUACCAGGUUGUCGAGGGUGGCUCCAUUAGGCUGCGAAACACCACGUGGGCGCAACGCUGCUCGAUGCUGUACGUGGACAACCCGGUGGGCGCUGGUUUCAGCUUCACUUGGAACGACAACGGCUACGCCCGGGACCAGCGCCACGUGGCACGUGACCUGCACGAGGCCCUGCAGCAAUUCUUCACGCUUUUUCCUCGGUUCGCCACAAACGAUUUUUACGUCGCGGGCGAGUCGUACGCAGGUAAAUACGUCACAGCUGUCGCGCACCUCAUCGCCACGACCCUUUACUCGCGAGUGCACAUCAAGCUACGAGGGAUCGCCGUCGGCAAUGCCUGGCUAGACCCGGAGACGAUGCUGGGCUACGCGCAGUUCCUGUACCACGUCGGUCUGGUGGACCGAAGGCAGGCGGACCACAUCCAGCGGGGAACUGAGAGGGCGAUCGUUCUCGCCAGGCAUGGCCGAUUCGUGGACGCUUUCAGCAUAAUGGACCACCUGCUGGAAGGCUUCGAGGCGGCCACUUCCUACUUCAAGAACGUCAGUGGCAUCGUCACGCCAUACAACUUCUUGCAGGGCGAAGAGCGGAUGCGACGUGACAUAGAACUGUACAGGUCGUUGGUGGCGACGUCCGAAUUCAGGAGGGCCGUGCACGUAGGCAACGUGGCGUUCAACAGCGGCCGCGAAGUGGCUUCGCAUCUCCUGGCCGACGUCAUGCGCUCCGUGAAGCCCUCGUUCGUCUCGCUUCUCGAGAGGGACUGCCGGGUGCUCGUCUACAGCGGCCAGCUGGACGCGGUCGUCCCGCACUCGCUCGCGGCCAACUUCCUCGGCAGCCUGCAGUGGUCGGGGUCGGAGUCCUUCGACGCCGCCCGCCGCAGGGUGUGGAGGGCGCUCGGCGGCUCCGGCGUGGCCGGCUACGUCAAGAGAGCCGGCAACCUGUUCCAAGUGGUGGUCGUGGGCGCGGGACACUUUGUGGCGUACGAUCAGCCGGAAGCGGCACUCGACAUGAUGUCGAGGUUCAUAAACGGCAAUUCUUUUGAGUAGCACGCAACAGCCUGGGAAGGGACGCCGCGCGCGCUUGACAUUUGUAGAGUGCUCAUUUCGUUUAUUUGACCUUAAGGACCCGUAGGCAUUACAUAAGGCAUUAUGCAAUUUGUACCUAUAUUUCAGCAUAUAUUUAUCAUAUAUUUCUAUGCUCGUAGCAAUACAUGCUGCUAUUGAAUG